CGUUGAAAGAAGAGGAAGAAACACAUGCGUCAUACUUCCGGGUCAAAGUUAUUUUGGUUGGUUGGCGUAGUCGUCUCCUGUAAAUUUAAAUCCUAAUUACAAUUUUAGUAACAAAUCACUUCGAUAAAUACUAGCGUGGAGUAUUUCCUCCAUAUAAAGUGAUGCAGUAUGGCAGCGACUGUUGUCCGUCGGCGUAUCCUCGUGGCGUUAAGGACACACAUUUGGCGGAGGAAGGAGUUAUCAGGCAACCGGCGGGUGUCCUCGCUACUGCCAAACAACCACGGCGGGGCUGGCGAUAACGUACAGCCGGACCGGAGGGCUCCAGCUUCGGAUACAGGAGGAGAAGGAUAUUACCGCAGCCGGUCCCGCCUGCUUCUGUCGUUGUCCGUGGGCUUGGGACUCUGCGGUACCGCGCUUCUGGACCGACAAGAGGACUGCGCAUCAAGUGACCCCGCAUCACGCUGGGUGCUCGAACGCCUCCUCCCGUCAGCUGAGUGCGCGUCCGUCUUUAAACCAGACACUCCUCGGUAUAAAUACAACUUUAUCGCAGAUGUCGUAGAAAAGUCAACUCCAGCGGUUGUUUACAUCGAAAUAUUGGGAAGGCACCCCUUUUCCGGGAGGGAAGUGGCUGUGUCAAAUGGCUCCGGCUUUAUCAUCAGCAGCGAUGGCCUUAUUGUGACCAACGCUCACGUGGUGGCCAACAAGCGAGGCGUCCGCGUCAAGCUCACGAACGGAGAGACGUACAACGCGUCCGUGCAAGAUGUCGAUCCAGUGGCGGACAUCGCUACCAUCAAAAUAUCUGCAAAGAACGCUCUGCCAACACUACCGCUAGGCCGUUCGUCGGACGUACGUCAAGGAGAGUUUGUGGUGGCUAUGGGAAGCCCCUUUUCAUUACGGAACACCAUCACGUCGGGGAUCGUCAGUUCGGUGCAGAGGGGCAGUAAGGAGCUCGGCCUGUCCAACCACAACAUGGAUUACAUUCAGACUGACGCAGCAAUCGACUUUGGCAAUUCGGGAGGUCCACUGAUCAACCUGGAUGGUGAGGUCAUCGGGAUCAACACUAUGAAGGUCACUCCGGGCAUCUCCUUCGCCAUCCCGUCCGAUCGCCUGAGGCUUUUUCUUGAUCAAGCCACCAAGAAAAAAAGUUCCUGGUUCGGCGAGUCUGAGACAAAGCGGCGGUACAUCGGUGUCAUCAUGCUAACGCUGACGCCAAGCAUCAUCGCCCAGCUAAAGCUGAGAGAUCCAGCUUUCCCAGAAGUGACACAUGGUAUUCUGAUCACCAAAGUAAUCGUGGGCUCCCCGGCACAAAGAGCCGGCCUCCUGCCAGGAGACGUCGUGCUGGAGAUCAACAGAGGGACGGUGAACACCGCGGAGGAGAUCUACACGGCUGUGCGGAAUAGUGACAAGAUCACAGUGGUGGUGCAACGCGGAGAAGAGCAGCUGAAACUGCAAAUGACUCCUGAGUACACAGAGUGACCACGUUGCCUGACUUUUUGACCUUCCAAGCAACUGAAUUAAGAACAAACCGUGAACGCUGUUAGUCACUGUGGCUGCCUGGAAUUAAAGGAGGCAUGUUAUGGGAAGUUCACUUUUUAUUUACUAUUAGAUUUGUGACUGGAAUGGACUGCUUAUCAAGGUAGAAAUUACACCAUAUGUCUUUUGUGAGCUGACCUGUGAUAAUGUGAGGGGAAAAUGCAUGGUAUGUCUCUUCAAUUUUCGAACAAAAUAAACUUUUCUAGUGUCACUAUAUGACUUUAUGAAGCUUCGUUCUGAUCUCUUUGCCUCAUUUGUCCAGAGGUUUACU